GCUUCAUGGCAUUUGUUUUCAUUCAGUCGGCGUCGGCGUCGGCAAACGGCGCUUCCAAGUUUACAUUCGGAUCAGCACAGUGGCAGUGGAUCGUAAAACUAAUAAACGAUCGAUCGUCAAGUUGAACAAUUGUCGUUUAUGUUUACGGUUAUGUUGCAUUAUGGUGCGUGGUGCAGCUGUACGCAACUAAAGUGAAUUGCAAAAAAAAUACAUAAGAAGGAGGGAAAAAUCUACUUGUAAUAUAAUGUACUCCGUGGACUGCAAGUAGGCUGUUUUCUAAUCUCGUCUAGUGCAGAAUACUUGCUGUGGUGCACAUAAAAAGAAAGAAAGAGUGACAGAGCCCUCUGUCAGAGAGUGAUCGAGAGAGCGAGAGUCUGAAAACAAUAAAGUUAGAGCGUCGCGGAGCAUGAAAUGAUCGUUAAAUUAAAAGAACGUUACCCACUCGAGGCCAGUUCAGUCAGAAAUUGACAACGAACCCGAAACGACGCGACGCGACGCGACGCCAGCGAGUCCGACGGGUAUUAAAAAAGCAACGAACCCGAAACAGAGCCCAAACUUAAUUAGACAGCAUAAAAUUGGAAUAUUAACUAAUUAAAAAAGCAUCGGGACAGACGACGACGACAAAAUGCGCGACGUCGCCAAUGAGCACAGUACCGGGGUCGACACGCGGACGGACAGAGAGAGGGAGCGGGAGCGGGGGCGGGAGAGGGUGACGGAAAGUGCCUCGGACGCUCAGCGGCAACUGACCCGUCGCUUCCUCAUCGAGCUGCUGAUCGUGGUGGUGCUGGUUAUACCCAUCUGCAUCUAUGAGUUCGCCGUGGAGCCGGCGCGCCGAGGAUUCUUCUGCGACGAUGAGAGCAUCCGGUAUCCCUUCAGGAACAACACGGUGACUCCCGUGAUGCUGGGUCUGCUGACAGGUGUACUGCCGCUCCUGAUCUUCGUCGUGGUCGAGUAUGUGCGCUACAUGCGAGCGGGAGAGCUGUCCGCGACGGUUCAGCUGCUUGGCUUCCAGAUGUCUGCGUGGUACGUGGAGUUGGGCCGCCAGAUCGCUUACUUCGGCUUCGGCAUGCUGCUCACCUUCGAUGCCACCGAGGUGGGCAAGUACACGAUUGGACGGCUGAGACCUCACUUCAUCGCUGUCUGUCAGCCGCAACUCAGUGACGGCAGCGUCUGCAGCGAUCCGGCCAACUUGCACCGGUAUGUGGAGAACUACGAGUGCGCUGGAGAGGGGUACUCAAUAGCAGAUGUCCGGCAGACACGCCUCAGCUUCCCCAGCGGCCACUCCAGCCUCGCCUUCUACUCACUGCUCUAUGUGGCACUCUACCUGCAACGCAAGUUGACUUGGCGCAGCUCCAAGCUGGCUCGCCACUUCCUCCAGUUUGUGCUCAUCAUGAUGGCCUGGUACACUGCACUUAGCCGCGUCAUGGACAGCUGGCAUCAUUGGUCGGAUGUGCUGGCCGGUUCGUUGAUUGGAGUCGUUGGGGCACUGAUCACCGCCCACUACAUUGCCCACUUCUUCAAGCCGCAGUUCCACGAUGUCGUUCUCGGUGGCGGCCUGAGGAGAGAGGACACCUCGGCAACCCUUCAAGAGGAGGUCUGUCCCAGCACCCCGCCCCCAUACUGUGUCAACGGCAGCUACAACGACGAUCAGUAUUGUACCAAAGUAUAGUAAAGAUUUUGAUAAAGUCCAAGAUAAAGUGCAAAUCUAACUAAAACUAAAGCAUUCCAUACCAAAUAAAACACAUGUAUAGGGAAGAUAACGCGCCCGUGCUAUUAAAAAAUGAGUUACCUGUGAAGCAAAAGCAAAGAGAAUUUUGAGAGUAGUUACAUUCCGAUAUUCUUGUUUAGAUUUAAGAAUUCCAGAUUCCUCAUAUCGUAUAUUGUCGAAUCUUUCAUGUGCAUUUGUAUAGUUACCAUACGUCUAUGUUUAUCAUAUUCAAUGUAUUCACAUUCUACAUUCUAGGUCCAUCAAACUGUAUUCCAUUUGCUCGUAGUAUUUAUGUAAUAAAUAUAAAAAACCACAUUCCGAA